AUGCUUACUGAAAAUUCAAAGAACAACGAAGAAAAAAAAGAUGAGAAAACGAUACCAGUCAUUGGAAUUAUUGUUUCUGAAAUUAAGCCAACGAAGUAUUAUGUCUGGUGUAAAGAAACAUCACCAGGACACGACGGCAUUUUAAUAUCAAAAUUGCCGCUUCAAAUCGGAACAUGGGUUACAAUGAAAUUCAGUAAUGAAGAUUUCAACAAAUACUUUGUUCAUCCACCUUCGAAUGUUCCAUUAUUUGAAGUGAGCAACUAUUGUAUUAUGAAAUCACUGUUUCCAACCACUUUAUCAGCUCGGUCGAUCACGGUUUGCUAA